GGCCGGCGCCUAGCCGGAGCCAUGGACGGGCAGAGCGGCCGCUGCAAGAUCGUGGUGGUCGGGGACGCGGAGUGCGGCAAGACGGCGCUGCUGCAGGUGUUCGCCAAGGACGCCUUCCCGGGGAGCUACGUCCCCACCGUCUUCGAGAACUACACCGCCAGCUUCGAGAUCGACAAGCGGCGCAUCGAGCUCAACAUGUGGGACACCUCGGGGUCGUCCUACUACGAUAACGUCCGGCCGCUGGCCUACCCCGACUCGGAUGCCGUUCUCAUCUGCUUUGAUAUCAGCCGCCCAGAGACGCUGGACAGUGUCCUCAAAAAGUGGCAGGGAGAAACCCAGGAGUUCUGUCCAGGUGCUAAGGUGGUCCUGGUCGGCUGCAAGCUGGACAUGCGGACAGACCUGGCCACCCUGCGGGAGCUGUCCAAGCACCGGCUCAUCCCCGUCACACAUGAGCAGGGCAGCGCUCUGGCACGGGAGGCGGGGGCAGUGGCCUACGUGGAGUGCUCGUCGAAGGCGUCGGAGCGCAGCGUGCGGGACGUGUUCCACGUGGCCACCCUGGCCUCGCUCGGCCGCACCCACAAGCAGCUGAAGCGCAGUGAUUCGCGCCGGGGGCUGAAGCGGACGUCCCAGCUGCCCUUGUCCGGACGGACGGACUUAGACGGGGAGGCCGAGGGGCGCAAGGACCGAGCCAAGAGCUGCUCUGUCAUGUGAGAGGAUUCCCGCCCUCCUCCUCCUCCUCCUUCUCCUCCUCCCUCGCUCCUCGGCCUCCCCGCAGUAGCUCUCCAACCCGGGUUGAGGCCUAUCCACCUUUGUCCAUCCAGCCUGCGAUCUCCAAGCUUCCACUACUUUCCACUGAAGCCCCAGACCCUCCCUGCCGACCCUCCCCAGCCCCGCAACUUGGGAUGGGGCGCGGUUGGAGCAGGGUGGAGAGCGGGGAAAGCCCAGGACAGAGAAGUCUUUGGGGGCACAUCCACUCAGGCACUCACACGCACGCCUGUACAUAUUCACCCUCUACCCCCAGCCCCUGCCCCCACAUCCAUCUCCUUCUCCUCAGGGUGCCCGUGCCCUUGAGUAAAGGUCAGGGGUCAGCCACUUCCCACGCAGCUGCAUGUCUCAACAGCAAAGCCCCCAGGUGCCCCCUGUUCCCGCUGCCCCCCGACCCUGCCCUCUCCAGCUCCGGCCCCUUUUCCCCAGCCCUUGCUGGCGAGUUGCUCUCGCUGUCGGUGUGCUGGCCCCCUCCCUGCACGCGUGACCCUCCUGGGGGUGGGGGUGGUGGCGGCGGAGGGGCCGGUGACCCAAUAAACCUGUGGACUACGUU